CUUCACAGUGUACAGUAGAGCGCGCUGAGGUAGAACGCUAUUUACAGGGCUUCCCUAGGUGUGAAUUGACGUCGACGCCGUAAAGGUAAACAAAAUUAUCUACAAAGACAAUUUAUUAUAUAACUUUAGGUAAAUAAAUAAACUGAACCGAAGACUUUGCGUUGCGAAAACAUUUACACUUGAGACAUCACGCAUAUCAACCCGUGGCCCCUCGGAGGGGGAAUUAACCCAACCCAAACCCGGACUCGAUGCCUAAAGAGAGGCGGAGGUCGCUGAGAGAGGCGGCGUUCUCCCGUGUGUCUCCUAUUUGCGACGGAUCGUGGAGAGGAGGAGUAGGACUCGAAGGAAACUUUUCAUCAAAGGAGAUUUGUGAUGAUCAAACACACAUGGCGGAACAGUGCAGCGGGCAAGCGGGCUCAGACGUAAACCCGGCGAGAGAGUGCCUGGUGCCGCAGGUGACCAUCACUUCGGAUGGGGACUCACGGGAGAUUACUCAGGAGGAUCUGGAGGAGGAGGUGAACGGACGGCUGCGUCGCAAACUAUCAAACUCAUCCCUGUCGUCCAAUGGCUCCUCCACGGCGUAUGAAGAGUCAGAGGAUGACAUCCUCAGUGACAACGAGACCAAAAGCAAAGGGAUCGUGACUCUGGAACAUUUGGGCGACUCAGUCAGAGAGGUUACGCUAAACAAUACCAGGUGGAAACUGAAGACCAUUGUCCAAUGCCAUUUGCUGGCUUCACAACCAAAGCGUCUAGCCUGGGUUCAGUUGGCAGGGCAUGAAGGCAGCUUCAAAGCGGCAGAUGAGGGCUCCAUCCUGAAGAAAUACUCUGAGAAUGAGAAGCUGUGCUUUGAGUGGCUGAAAGAUGAUGCUUUAAAUUCAUUCGUGCCAAGUUACUAUGGUGUGGUGGAGAGAGAUGGAGAACUCUUUCUGAAAAUGAAAGACUUGCUGGCUGGCUUGGAGUCGCCAAAUGUCAUGGACUGCAAGAUGGGAAUGAGGACAUACCUCGAAGAGGAACUUGUGCUGGCAAGGGUGAAGCCAAAGCUACGUGCAGACCUGUAUAAAAAGAUGGUAGAAGUGGACAGUUUGGCACCUACAGAGAAGGAACAGAAACAGCAGGCGAUAACAAAACCACGCUACAUGCAGUGGAGAGAAAGCGUCAGCUCUACUAACACACUGGGAUUUCGUAUCGAGGGAAUAAAGAGGGGUGAAAACUGCAGCACAGACUUUAAAAGGACACGGUCAAGAGAAGAUGUCAUUAAAAUCUUCAGGGAUUUCGUCGGAGGCAAUAAAAACAUAAUUAAUUCUUAUAUAACAAGACUUGAAGAUAUUAAAAAGGCUCUGAAGAAAUCAGAAUUCUUCAAGAAACAUGAGGUCAUUGGGAGCUCACUGCUGUUCAUUCACAAUCAGAAAGGGAGAGCUGAAAUCUGGGUUAUUGAUUUUGGUAAAACCACUCCUCUCCUGGAUGGACAGAUCUUGGACCACCACAGACCCUGGACAGAGGGCAACCGAGAGGAUGGAUACUUAUGGGGCCUUGACAACCUGCUGCAGAUUCUUGCCUCACUGGCCAGAGAAUAGUCUUAUGACUUUUUUUGCAAACUUUACCUUUUCUGUCUGGAGUUACAGCAGGACGCAUGGUGAUAGACACUUACAGUACAAACUUCUUGCGGUGCAUUAUGGGAAAGGGGUGAGAAAAUCCAUUACUUUACAGUAUUAAACUGUAAAUCAUUUCACUGUCAGAACAUAAUCAUUUCUUUCAAGUAUUGCAAAAUAUCUGACAUAUUGUCUGUUUUGUGUGCAUUUGAUGUACACAUCUGGUAAAAGAUUGGACACAACAAAUAUGUUUGUAUUAUUUUAACUCUUUGUAAAAAACAGUCGAAUCUGAAUUAUGAUUAUUGUGUUGCGACCAAAAAGGUAUUUAAGUGUGUUGUACAUUAGCUUCUUCAAACUAUUGUCUAGCUCUCCACAUUCUCUCAACCAGCAUUCAGAUUGACAUCUGUGAAAUCCAAAAGUUUGGGUGGUAAUGUACACGCUGAAACGUGUCAAAAUCAAUUGGUUGAUAUAAUUUCUGUUCUUUAUAUAGGAGAGACUUACCUAUACACAAACGGUUAUAUGCAACAUAUGCCCAACAAACACUAGUCAGUCAACCGAUGUUGUAAAUCCAGGUGCAAGGCAGCAAUACAAGUACAAUUUCUUGUACAAUAUGAUAUUUAGUGCUUUAACUGCAGUGAUCAAUAAGGGGCGGUGUUAUAGAUUAUUCGUUUGAUGAUUGCAUGGGUAUUUUUUAUAGGUGUUUGACAUAAAGACCUGGGGUGCGUUUCCCAAAAGCAUAGUUAGCCAACUAUGGAUGCAUGUUCUGUCGUUUCGGCAUUGUCUAACGAUUUAGGUGGAACUACAGGAACUAGAAACAUAGUUCCUUAUAAUAUGACAUGUAGACUUACAUACAUUUGAGCAAGGAUGCAGUGCAUUCUAUAUCCAUCAUUCCAAAUAAACAAAUUUAAUUGGACAUAUUUUUGUUUGACAAAGGUGCGCAUGCGCGCGGGUCUACAUGCUCUAGGAAUCUGGGGAAUCCCUGAGUUAAAUAUCGUGACAUAAAUUGAGAACACAAAAAAAGGGCAACAGUUUUGUUCAGAUGCAGUGUACAUUAUUCACAGCAAUAAUAUGACAUUCAAUCGAUAUAAACGGAUUAAUAAGAAGACGGUAUUGUUCCACCUCCUAUGUGACGUCACCAACUAUGUUGUUUAACCAACGUGGUUCGAACGACGGAUGCGCUACAAAGUUACUUUGUUUUUGGGAAAUUAUCGUGAGUAGCUAGUUAGUUUUUCAAACGAUGCAUCGUACUAUGGUGCUUAACAAGCGAGGUAAGGUUAUGUCGUUAUUUGGGAAACGUACGCCAAACAUCGUUAGCCAUCUAGUCGCAAAUUCCGUCGUUCCAGCAUAGUUUUUCCCAAAAAAAAUCGUUCCAACGAUCAAUCGCUAGCAGCAUCGGAAAGUUGCGUGGUUGUAACUAGAGCUCUGUGGUUAGAAGCAUCGUUCCUUAUUAUUAUGACAUCAAGACUUACAUGCAUCAAGCUUUUGAUCAAAGCAACAUGCAGUGCAUUCCAUAUCCAUCACUCGAAAUAUAUACAAAUUUAAUUGGAGAUCUUUUAGUUUGUGCGCAUGCGCUUGAUGUGCCUGCGAUAGGACCCUGGGGAAUCCCUGUGCGGAAUGACGUUGGAGGAGGCUUAUAAGUAAAUUAAAUAUCAUGAAAUAAAACCACAGAUAACAAAAGUAGUCCAUAAAUGCAAUGUAUGUUAUUUCAGCAAGAAUUUGUCAUUAAUUCGAUCUGAACGUAUUUAGUAGUAGACGUCAAUACUCAUCCAGCUGUGUUGCGUCAUCAACGAGAUUGCUGAACCAUCUUGGUUCAAACAAUUGAUCUCCGACAGAGUUACAGCAGUUUCGGGAAACAGUUGUAACUACAUCGUUAAUUUCCCCAACGACGCAUCCUACUGUGGUGGUUAAGCAGCGAGUUAUUUCGUUGUUCGGGAAACGCACCCCUGGAUUGCAAUUUAUCUGCACAUCACCGAAAGUGUUUUUAUUUUAUGGCUCACAAAAACUUAAAAUUGUGACACUAUUUUUUGGAGUGGGUGAUUUCUGUUAUAGUGUGUUAUGUGCCGUGUUCACGACAAUAAAACAUCUGCUUAAAAGAAUUCUCUGUUCUUGUUGGCAAAGGAUUCAGCAGGAGUUUAGGUAUCAAAAAUUUCACAUUUCUUUUAAGAAUGUUUCUAUUCUUGUAGCUCAGUAGUUAGAGCAUAGCGCUAGCAACGCCAAGGUCAUGGGUUCGAUCCCAGGGUAUUGCACAUAGUCAAAAACAAAUGAAUAGUACAAUGUAAAGUAAGUGCAAAAUGCAUAAAUGUAAAUUUAUGAAAAUAUGAAACAUUUAAAAUGCUUGAACAAUCACCCCAUUCUGUCUCUCAACACAACAUCUCGUUCCCUACAACUGUUUUGUGAUUGUGUAUUUAUCGGUAUAAGGCUACUGUACUGUGAGCUGCAUAUGUAAUCCAAGAAGACACAAUAAGAACAUUUACUAAAAGUAUAUUUGGGAAUUAUAUUAUUAUAUUUGCAUUAACAAAUGCAAACAAAUAAAGAGAUUGCAAACAUUUCACAGGAUUGUUUUAAACAGCUUCUUACAAGAGUGCAAUACAGUGAAAGUCGACACGUUCUCCACAGCAGCCACAACAACUACACCACUGUCACACGCCUCACUUAUUUCAACACAUUUUGGUCAAACACCGUUGUCCUCAAAAUUACAUCAGCGUUUCACACAUAAAACACACUCUGUGAAACAUAAAUACACUGUUUGUGCAGAAUAAACACAGAA